AUGAAAGGAAUUAUUUUGUUUUGGUUAGCCUUAACCGUUGUAUCAAAGAAUGUUUUUGAUUUCAAUAAAUUUAAUUUAGAAGCAGAAAAGGCUGAAAGAGCUUUAAAGGAAGAUAUGGAAAAAAGAGAUGGUAAAAAUGUAUUCAAUUUAGAUGAUCUCAAAAUUGGUGUACCUGUUAAAAGGGAUGGUAAGAAUGUUUUCGAUUUUUCCAAAUUUAAGAAUGAAAAAAGAGAUGCAAAGAAUGUGUUUGAUUUCUCCAAAUUCAAGAAUGAAAAAAGAGAUGCCAAAAAUGUGGUAGAUAUCAGUAAAUUAGCUCACGGUAUUGAUAAAAGAGAUCAACAAGUACUUCAACAAGAUGAAUCUACCAAUUCAAAUGAGCAAUUAUUAACUACCGUUUUACCACAAUACAAAUCUAUUUCCAUAUUUUCUGGUUACAUUAGAGAUAACAAAGCUAUUUCUGAUAAAACCGGUAAUUUGAAAGAGUCAAUGUUAAUUAUUUGUCCUACUGAUAAUUCAAUCGUCAAUAAAUUAGGAGACUUGAAACCUUGGGAAUUCCCUAAAACUUUAAACGGUGAAAAUGAUGAUGAAAUUAUCGAAUCCAAUUUAAAUUAUUUCUUAUCUAAUCAUAUUGUUGAAAAUUUACAAGAAUUAAAAGCUAAUGAUAACAAAUUCACUGUUGAAUUAUUAAGUGGUAAAGAAAUAGUUGUUUCCCAAAAUUUCAAUGGUAUUGAAUUAUUAGCAGAUGGAGUUAAAAUCCCUGUUAUCUUAUCUAAACAAGUCGAUAACGGAUUUAUUUUCAUCAUCGAUGAUUGUUUGGUUAAACCUUAG